GUUGGAAAAGGACUCGGAGGGGGCGGGGUGCAGCAGAGAUGUUUGGAGGCUUUUUUUUUUUUUUUUAUAUAUAAAAUUAUUUAUUUAAAUAAAAAUGGCUGCCGUGGAGAGCGAGGAGGAGCGAAUAGAGGAGGGCCAGGAGGAGCGUCCAGAGCGACAACAGUCCCACAGCAAGACCAAGAAGCCUCGCAAGGAACGCCGCCAUGUUGAGCCGGCUCCACCCUCCCAGGAGCCCCACGCCUCAGCAUCAGAGCCCGUGGCGGGGCCCUCGCAGGGGGCGGGGACGCAGCCCGAGGCGGAGCCCGCAGGGUCUCCCAGGCAACGGCGCUCCAUCAUCCGAGACCGUGGACCGCUGUACGACGACCCCUCGCUGCCCGCAGGCUGGACCCGUAAGCUCAAGCAGAGGAAGUCCGGACGCUCGGCGGGGAAGUUUGACGUCUACCUGAUCAACUCGGAGGGAAAGGCUUUCCGCUCCAAGGUGGAGCUCAUGGCCUACUUCCAGAAGGUCGGCGACACCACCACCGACCCCAACGACUUUGACUUCACCGUGACCGGACGCGGAAGCCCGUCCCGCCGCGAGAAGAAGCCCCCCAAGGCGCCAAAGGCGGCCAAACCGUCCGGCCGAGGCCGUGGCAGGCCGAAAGGCAGCGGGAAGAUGCGGCAGGCCACAGAGGGCGUGGCCAUGAAGCGCGUGGUGGAGAAAUCUCCAGGAAAACUCUUGGUCAAGAUGCCCUACGGCAAGGCGGAGUCCAGCAGCGGGACCACGCCCACAACAUCAAAGGUGUCUCCUCCUACGCUGCCGUCAAUCAAGUCCCGCCCAGGCAGGAAGAGGAAGUCAGACCAGGAUCUCCCCGACCCUCCGCAGACGGCGCCCAAGAAACGAGGCAGGAAACCAGCCUCGGCUUCAGCGGCGUCGACGGUCGCCGUGGCGUCUUCCUCAGCAGCGUCCACCUCGGCGAUGCCGACAGCGGGGGGCUACGCCGCUGCCGCCAUCAUGGCCGCCGAGGCCAAGCGCAGAGCAACCAAGGAGUCCGUCGUCCAGGAAACGGCUCUCCCCAUCAAAAAACGCAAAGCGAGAGAGACCGUGGAGGAGCGGGAGAGCGUUCCGACCCCGGCGGCGAGCACCUCGGAGCCAGGAAGGACGGAGGGCGUUCCCAGGGAAGCGACGCAGACCUCCCAGCCUUCGUCUUCGUCCUCUUCGGAGCAGAGCCAGUCUCAAACCCAGAAGCAGACGUCCGCUCCCCAGGAAAGUUCCCCGCAUGGACACAAGGCGCACAAAGAGAGGAAGCACAAGGAGAAGAGCGCGGCGGCAGGAAGUGGCGAGGAGGAAGGGAGCGAGGACGCCGGAGAAAAGGGAGGAGGAGAAGGAAGGAGUCCCUCCAAAAGCCAAAAGAGGAAGGAGCACUCGCCUCAGAAACACCACCAUCAUCACCAUCACCACCGCCAUCAUCACCAUCAUCACCAUCAUCGCCACCAACAGACCUCCUCUGAGGAUCAUCCUCAUCCCACAUCUGGACACUCCGACCAAUCCAGACCGACAACCGACACGCAGCAAGCCCCCAAGCCGCCCCCACAAUCCCACCCGCCGCCCCCAGCCCCGCCGUGUCCCCUCCAAACCCAGCAGUCUCCAGGUCAUUCCCAGCCCCGAGUCUUGCCGACUCAGCCGCACCCCCAGAAACCGCCGCCUCCGGUUCAGCACAGACCUCAGCUUCCAGCCCGGCACGGUCCUCCCCCGUCACACCUUCCAAAGCCCCCCCCGGCCGUCUCGCAGGCCCCUCCUCUCCAGGCCAGGAAUCUACGGCCGCAAACCGCCGUAACGCUCCCGCCUCAACCCGGACCCCGCUUUCAGACUCAGCCCCGCCCUCAGACCAGUUCCCCCACCGCAGCCCAAGCCCACUUUCAGCAGCAGUCCGUGUACAGGACCCCCCCACAGACCACGAUGAGACCUCCUUCGCAAUACCAACUCCACUACCAGUCCAGGCCCCCGCAGGUCCGACCACACUUUCAGCACGCCCAGCCACAGCCCCCCAGGCCCCACCCGCCGCAGCGACCGUCCAUCAGCGCGGUCGGUAGACCCCGCCCGGUGUUGCCGGUUCAGCAGAUCGAGCAGCCUCAAGACCUAAGCACUGCGGCCCUCGCUCGCAGGGCGGAAGGGGGCCCCAGGAUGGAUCGAAGAGCUGAACCAGGACUCGUCUCCGAGGGCUCAAACAGCACCGGCAGGCCUCCCAGCUCCGUGCGGGCCGACCCCCCAGGAGGAGACAUUGUCCCCCAAUCCGCCGUUCCCUGUCCGAGCCGGGAGGAGACGGUGGAUUCUCGGACUGCCGUCAGCGAAAGGGUCAGCUGAUGGACCGGUCUCUGGUUGCCGUGGACCGAGGUGACACCGCCCAGGGCUCGUCCUCCAUCUUUGUGCACUGUUGUUCUGAGGAACGACCUUCCCUCCCAGCUCCAAACUCGACGGACGACGCGAGAGAUGGACGGAUGGCGGUUUUUUUUUAGGAAAAACAAAAGGAAAACUUGAGUGAAAGUGAAAGUGAAAGUGUGUGUGCGUGUGUGUGUGUGUGUACAUAAUCUAAAAGGCAGCUGUCGCGUCCCGCCAGUCUUGGCAGGGGAAGAGGAAGCAGUUUGGAACUACAAACAAACGCCCAAUUAGUCCGAAUGAAGCCUCAUUUCCGGAAUAUAACUUUUGAUUUUCUAUUUUGUUCGUUUAUCGUUUCGUCUUCACAGCUUUAAAAGUUCAUGUCAUUGACCGGCGCUCCCUUGCACGUCUGACGCUCCCUUGUCCCACAUCAGCGCCUUCCAGAAACUAAACCCGGAAGAGCGGGGCGCGCUUCAUUCGCACUUCCUGGUAGUUUCAUGUGUUUUUUCCACAGCGGCCUCCCCGCUGGUAGCCCACAUAUGGACGCCGACGUGACAAGCCGACAUGUUCCGGAGUCUUCCGGGCUGACUCCCACGUGACGUGAGUCCUUCUUCCAUAUUGGUUAUGUUUUUCUUUGUUAUUAUUAUCGACCUAGCGUAGCGUCUUUUUCUUGACCUCGGUUCCAAUUGUCGUUACCGUGACAAUCGUCUUUGUCUUGAAUGUCCCGGAGGGAACCCAUUUGGACCACUGGCAGACUGAGGUUCCAACUCCGGAACCGGGGGUAUUCGUCGUAGUGCGACUUUAGGACAGCCGUCAAGAAGUUUUCACCGGUUUUUGUCUUCCAGGCUUUCUAGCGAUGGUUUUGCUUGUGAUUGGUCAGAACACGAGUCACAACUUUCGCUUUCGUUUUGAUCACAUGACUACAAAACCCCAAAACCAGUGGAGUUGGCACGUUGUGUAAAUGGUAAAUAAAAACGUAUAUUCAAUUGAAUAGACUGCAAAGACAAGAUAUUUCAUGUUCACACUGAGAAACUUAAUUUAGAAUUUAAUGGCAUCAAAACAUUGCAAAAAAGUUGUCACAGGGGCAUUUUUACCACUGUGUUACAUGGCCUUUCCUUUUAACAACACUCAGUAAAUGUUUGGGAACUGAGGAGACACAUUUUUAAGUGGAAUUCUUUCCCAUUCUUGUUCAACAGUCUCCCUUCUGCUAUUUUAGACUUCAUAUUGAUUUUCAAUGGGAGACAGGUCUGGACUACAGGCAGGCCAGUGUAGUACACGCACUCUUUUACUAUGAAGCCACGUUGAUGUAACACGUGGCUUGGCAUUGUCUUGUUGAAAUAAGCAGGGGCGUCCAUGAUAACGUUGCUUGGAUGGCAACAUAUGUUGCUCCAAAACCUGUAUGUACCUUUCAGCAUUAAUGGUGCCUUCAAAGAUGUGUAAGUUACCCAAGUCUUGGGCACUAAUACACCCCCAUACCAUCACAGAUGCUGGCUUUUACACUUUGCGCCUAGAAAAAUCCGGAUGGUUCUUUUCCUCUUUGGUGCAAGGACACGACGUCCACAGUUUCCAAAAACAAUUUGAAAUGUGGACUCCUCAGACCACAGAACACUUUCCCACUUUGCAUCAGUCCAUCUUAGAAGAGCUCGGGUCCAGGGUGUUGUUGAUAAAUGGCUUCGGCUUUGCAUAGUAGAGUUUUAACUUGCACUUACAGAUGCAGCGACAAACUGUAGUUACUGACAAUGGUUUUCUGAAGUGUUCCUGAGCCCAUGUGGUGAUAUCCUUUACACACUGAUGUCGGUUUUUGGUGCAGUACCGCCUGAGGGAUCCAAGGUCACGGGCUUAGCUGCUUACGUGCAGUGAUUUCUCCAGAUUCUCUGAACCUUUUGAUGAUAUUACGGACCGUAGAUGGUGAAAUCCCUAAAUUCCUUGCAAUAGCUGGUUGAGAAAUGUUGUUCUGAACCAACUUGCUCAGGCAUUUGUUGACAAAGUGGUGACCCCUCGUCCCAUCCUUGUUUGUGAACGACUGAGCAUUUCAUGGAAGCUGCUUUUAUACCCAAUCAUGGCACCCACCUGUUCCCAAUUUGCCUGUAGGAUGUUCCUAAUAAGUGUUUGAUGAGCAUUCCUUAACUUUCUCAGUCUUUUUUGCCACUUGUGCCAGUUUUUUGAAACAUGUUGCAGGCAUGAAAUUCCAAAUGAGCUAAUAUUUGUAAAAAAUAAAGUUUGCCAGUUGGAACGUUAAAUAUCUUGUCUUUGCAGUCUAUUCAAUUGAAUAUAAGUUGAAAAGGAUUUGCAAAUCAUUGUAUUCUGUUUUUAUUUACCAUUUACACAAUGUGACAACUGCACUGCUUUUGGGGUUUGUACAUUAGUUCUUUCAAUUCUGCAUUAGGUCGAGCCGCUACACUCCGGUCGCGCUUUUAUUCCACUUGUGAAUUGGAACGGGAGGAUACGCUGUUGUGGUCUACCACCAAGCAAAGCGGGACGAUUUAUAGACUGACGGCGUUAAAAAACGGAAAGCGUUGACAAAGUUAAUAUUAAACCACGUUUUUGUCCGCGGUUGUUUCCGGAUGUUUGCCCAAUGGACCAGGAAGUACACUGUAAGAAAAAUCUGUCGGUUUUUUUACGCUAAAAUACUGACGGCUCAGUCGACAGAAUUUGACUGAAAUGCACUGUAAAAAAAAACUUACAAAAAAAAAAAACUCAGUCGCCAGAAUUUUACUGUAAAAAGAAGAGUGUUGCUAUUUUUCAUCGACAGCAGGGGUGUCCAAACUUUUUCCACACUGACUAAUGAAAGCAUUCAUGCUCCAUUUUGGUACUUUUCAUCUAAAUUCAGUUUUGGUGAGUGUUAAAAGUCCCAUGGACCCAAAAAGGGUCUCAGUCUUUAAAGUAUUUCAAAUAAUUCAUGUAUUAAUAUUAUUUUUACAUUUAAAUUCUUAAAUACCGAUAGAUCAACUUCAGAUUUAUCCGUAUAUUAUAAGGUUUAAAAAAAAAAAAGAAGUUUUAUGCCCUUUUUGUCAACAAAAAGCUGGUUUUAUUCUUAUAGCAAACACACAUGCAAUAUUUUCCAGAAAAAAUAUUCAAAGCGAAGUAAUUGGAGCCUUAAAUAGGUCAAUAAUUCAUAACAACAUUGAUUUUAACUAGAGAUGCUUUAGAAUGUAAUAUCGGAAAUUAUCGGUAUCAUUUUUUUUUUAUUAUCGGUAUCGUUUUUGUUUUUUUUAAUUAAGUCAACAUAAAUAAAAAAAAGAUACACUUACAAUUAGUGCACCAACCCAAAAAACCUCCCUCCCCCAUUUACACUCAUUCACACAAAAGGGUUGUUUCUUUCUGUUAUUACGGUAAUAUUGUGGUUCCUACAUUAUAUAUCAAUAUAUAUCAAUACAGUCUGCAAGGGAUACAGUCCGUAAGCACACAUGAUUGUGCGUGCUGCUGGUCCACUAAUAGUACUAACUUUUAACAGUUAAUUACAUUUUUUCAUUAAUUACUAGUUUCUAUGUAACUGUUUUACUCUCUUUUUUAUUCAAGAAAAUGUUUUUAAUUUAUUUAUCUUAUUUUUUUUUUUUUUAAAGGACCUUAUCUUCACCAUACCUGGUUGUCCAAAUUAGGCAUAAUAAUGUGUUAAUUCCACGACUGUAUAUAGUGGUAUCGGUUGAUAUCAAUAUCGGUAUCGGUAAUUAAGGGUUUGGUCAAUAUCGGAAUAUCGGAUAGCGGCAAAAAGCCAUUAUCGGACAUCCCUAAUUUUAACUCAUUAUCUUUUGACCAAUGACACUUAAAAAGGUCUGGGGACCCAAAAGGGUUUCUGUCAUUUAAGUGUGAAAAACAAAUCAUAAGAUUUUUUUUUUUUACUUUUAGAAUUAGAAUAUCUAUAUAUCAACGUCAGAUCUGUCCAUUGACGUAAAGUUUGAUUUUUUUUUUAGGUUUUGUAAACCCCCCCUCUUUUUUUUAUGGCAAAAACACAACAUUUUCCUGUUGAAAAAAUGUUCAAAGUGGAUUAAUUAAUUAUUGAUGUGAAUUAAUACGUCAAUAAUUCAUACCAGCAUUGAUUUUAACUCAUUAUUUUUUGACCAAUGACACUUAAAAAGGUCUGGGGACCCAAAAGGGUCUCAGUCUCUAAAGUAUUUCAAAUAUUAUGUGUUAAUAUUAUUUUUACUUUCAACGCUUAAAUAGCUAUAGGUCAAUUUCAGAUUUAUCCGUCUAUUAUAAUUAAAAACACUUUAAAAAAAAAAAAAUGUUAUGCCCUUUUUGUCAACACAAAUCUGGUUUUAUUCUUAUAGCAAACACACGAUAUGCAAUAUUUUUCAGGAAAGUACUUCAAAGUGAAGUAAUUGGACUCAAAUGUAUGCAUAUA